AUGCCAAAAUCAAAAAGAAAUGUUAAGAUUUCCUUGACCAAAGUCAAGAAGAAAGUCAAUAAAAAGGAAAUGAAAGACUUGAAAUUAUUAGAAAUAAAAAAAAUGAUUCAAAUACCAAAUGUUUAUGUAUAUGUAUUAGAUAUUAGAACUUAUUCAAACAAUAAUCUGAAAGUAGCCAUAGAGCAUUUUAAGCCAAACGGAAAAUUUUUUAUUGGAAAGAAUAAAUUAAUGAAAUUGGCACUUGGCAUCAAUGAAAAUAAUGAAAUCAAACCAAACAUGAGCAAAAUAUCGGAGCUACUUGUUGGGAACCGAAUCCUUUUAAUCACCAAGGAUAGCCCAUUAAACGUUUUGAAAUUUUUUAAUGAAUUUCAACCAGAAGAAUAUAUAAAACAUGGAAAUAUAUCACCACAAGAUAUAACAUUAAAAUGUGGUGAUGUUUUAAAUGUUCCAGUUUCUAUGCAAAAAGAUUUACAAAAAAGGAAAUUAAAUUUUGAUAUUAUUGAUCAGAAAAUUAUUUUAAAAGAAAACAAAAUUCUAGCUGAAAAAGAUAAACUUAUAAGUCUAGAGAAUUCCAAAAUAUUAAGAAUGUUAAAUAUGAAAAUUGCAUUUUUUGACAUUACUGUUUUGGGUUAUUGGUAUCUAGACAAAUUCGUUUCAUUAAUGAAUUAA